AUGGAGUCGUUGCCUAGUCUUAAUCUUUCUUCUUUGAGGGAUAAGAUUGCCAACAAGUUAACUGGCGAAAAGCCCAAAGCUAAGGGAGGCAAGCAGGCCGCAUCUGCGAAGCAGACCAACCCGAAUCAGAAGGCCCCCAAACCUGCCGAAAAGUCAUCCAAACCUGUUGCAAAGCCACAGGCAAAAACCGCAGCAAACCUCACAGAACAGGACGAUGUUCUUCGUCGUGAAGCUCUGGAACUUGGUGCCACUGAAGAGGAUUUGAAGCUUCUCAACGGACUCUCUGACCAUGAUGACUUGAGCGAGGAGGAGUUCGAAGAUGAUGGAAAGUCUGGAGAUGGUCUUCAAAGUGAUGUCAGCAAGUUUAUGAAGGAACUUGGAUUGGAUGGAACAAUUCCAGACGUUGUUUCCGAUGUUGAAGAAGAGGAAGAGGCUGAGGUUGAGCCAGAAAUCGAGUCAGAAGCUGAGGUUCAGCAAUCUGACGAAGAGGAUCCCGUCCAGGAGUCCGACAAGUCUGAAGAACCAGAAAAAUUAUCACAGCCACCCCAGCAGGAAGAUUUCAAAAAGAAAUCCGGAAAAGUCACAGAACUUCAGAACGUGAUAACAGAUAAGCUUGUGGUUCCAGCUAGAAACGACUGGUAUAAUGUGGAACUUCCACCUGCACCAGAUGCCGAAAGACUUACUCAGCACGAGAUAGAUUCUCUGUACAAAAAGGCGGAGAGGAUUGUCCAGGAAGAAAACGACGUUUAUGCGGGCGAGUUUGCCAAAUCUUCUUCUCAGAAGAGAUUCUUGUCGCAAGUGUUGACAAGUGGUACGCUGAACGAUAAAAUUUCAGCCCUCACACUGUUGGUGCAAGAGGCGCCUCUUCACAACACGAAGGCCAUUGCAAACCUGAUUGGUAUGUGUGAGAAAAAGGCAAGGACUGCUGCUCUACAGAGUAUAACUGCAGUGGUGGAUUUAAUGGUGAACGGAGUUUUGCCUGACCGCAAGCUGAGAUACUUCAAGAACCAACCAUUGUCCAACAGCCUGAGCAAGACACAGUUGGCGAUCUUUUACUUCGAAGACUUUUUAAAGAAAGAAUUUUUCAAGUUGAUUUCGAUCCUGGAGAUCUUGUCGCACGAUACCAUUGUCCACGUGAGAACAAAGACCGUCGGAUAUAUCUUUGAGCUUUUGAAGGCCAAGCCAGAACAGGAAGCCAAUUUGCUGAGACUUGGUGUUAACAAGCUUGGUGAUAUUGACAACAAAGUUUCAUCCAAGACAUCGUACCAGGUUCUGCAGUUAGAACAACAGCAUCCAGCCAUGAAGAAGAUCAUUGUUGAUGCUGUGAUUGACAUUCUAUUCAGAAAGAAAAACGAGCACCAUGCGAUGUACUAUUCUGUUUUGACUCUCAACCAGACUAUUCUCACAAGGCGUGAGGAGGAAUUGGCCAACUCAUUGUGCAGGGCCUAUUUCUCCAUCUUCGAGAAGCUCCUCCUGGAGACUGACCCAGAGAACAUUUCAACGAUCAAGGCAACUGAGGUCAAGGAUAAGAAAAGAAGAAACGCCAAGAAAGGUAAGAAGGGUGGGAAAUCGGUCAAGAGUGAUAAGUCUGAUGUUGAGAUUGCGGAGGAAAAGAACUCCAAGCUAUUUUCUGCAGUUUUGACUGGUCUUAACCGUUCGUUCCCCUUCUCGAACUUGCCUCUCGAUGUUUUUGAGUCACAUCUCGAGGCUCUUUUCAAGAUCACCCAUUCGACCAACUUUAACACUUCGGUCCAGGCUCUGAUUCUGAUCCAUAGCGUGACAUCCAAGAAAGGACUUGGUGGAGACAGAUACUAUAGGACUCUUUAUGAGUCUUUGUUGGACACAAGAUUGCUGACUUCUUCGAAACAAGGAAUAUAUCUGAAUUUGUUGUUCAAGUCUAUCAAAGAGGAUACUGAUAAGGCACGUGUUUUCGCGUUUGUCAAGCGUAUCUGCCAGAUCUGCCUCCAUUGGCUGAAUAUUGGUACUGUUGCUGGUAUGGUAUAUCUGUUAAUUGAGUUGGAGAAGUCAAUUCCUGAAAUUAGGAACUUGUUUUUAAACGCUCCUAAUGAAAAGGAUGAGGAGGCCGAAUCAGGAGAUGAGCAAGACGGAGAAUCAUCCGAGACCAAGACUGCAGUCAAAACUGAAUCCAUUGCCGACGCUUAUGACCCAAAACAACGUGAUCCGCGUUUCGCCAAUGCUGGAAAAUCGUCUCUUUGGGAGAAUGAUUUUUUCCUCAACCACUACCACCCAACAGUGGCUCUUUAUGCCUCUUCACUGCUCGAAGGUGACGCGACUGAGAUGGGCAAGCCCGAUCUCGGACUGUACACUCUGGCCCAUUUCCUAGAUAAGUUCGUUUACCGUAACGCAAAGCAGAAGCCAGUUUCACGUGGCUCUUCCAUCAUGCAACCGCUUGGAGGUGCACAUACUGGGGCUUUGCUGGUGAAGUCCUCUAACCGUUCGGCGAUGGGUGGGGAUGGUGUGCCAGUCAACACCCGUGACUGGAUCCACAAGCGUGUGGAGGAUGUGAAACCAGAGGAUUUGUUUUUCCACCAGUACUUUUCCAACAAACAGUCCAAGAUGGCUAGUUCCAAGUUUGAUCGUGAGGUGAACGAGAAGGCACAACAGGACGACGAGGGAUCCGACCUAGAUGAUGAUCAGGUCUGGCAGGCACUUGUUAAAUCGAACCCAGACGUUGAGGGAGACGACGAAGAUGAAGUGGACUUUUCUGAAGAUGACGUGAGUGGUUUGAGCGAUAUGGAGAUGAGUGAUGAUGAUGACGAUGACGAGGAACUCGCAAACAUCUCUGUUGGUGACGAAGAUGAAGAUGAUGAAGAUGAUGAAAAUGAAGAAGGCCUGUAUGCUCUUAAUGAGGCAGAUUUGUCUGACGAUAUAGAAGAUGGUGCUGAAGUAUCUGAGGGAUCGGAAGAUUCGGAUGCCGAGCUCCAAGAGCUGAUGAAGGGCGAUUCUGACGAUGAGCUUGAUAGUGAAGAGAUUGACUUUGGAUCUGACGAUGAUGAGGAAGAGGAUUCCGAGCCAGAGAAACCAAAGAGCAACAAGAGAUCUCGCGCCGACGAUGAUAAGAAGUCGAAGAGACAGAAGGUGAAGGAAUUGCCUUUGUUCGCUUCUGCUGAUGAUUAUGCCGAGUACCUGCAGUCUGAUUCAGAGUAG